UUUUCAAUACUCUAUUGUUGACAAAUUUUUGCUCAAAUCAUUUUGCAUCCGCUCGGAAGGGAUUAAGUACAGCAUAACAAAUUUGUUAAUUUCCUCAAAGACACAGUUGAUAAUUUAUAAAUCCAUCGAUUACCAGAAAUAAGUAAAUUUUCUUCGAUAUGGAAGAAACAGAAAAGUGAAUCGGAGCUAAUGUUUUGAGGUUAGAAGUGAAAUAUCUCACGUUUCAGAACGAUGAAUUCUCCAAGAAAACAUAGAAGAGACAGAGAGAAUGAUAAGAAACGGAGAAAUGCUGAUGAUUUUAGACCUUCGGGUACUUCAGAAUCCAAAAAUCAUCGAUCAUCAGAGAACUCGGACGAUUUCACAUUCAUUAGAUUCAGGUAUGAGCUGAAUAAAGUAUUUUCUGCAAAUCCGAAUUUAGUGCAAGACCCUGAAGACUUCUGGGGAUUUUUAAAAAAAUAUGAAGAUGUGCAGAAGAAGCUGGGAAAGAAUCAAGAAACUCCAAAGUUGAAUCCAAAGUUGAAUUCCAUUGGAGUACCCGAUUAUUAUCAUAAAAGUUAUUGUCUCAAUUUGAAGUUAAAUCUGAAGUUUGGAGAGAUGUUUGCUAGAAUUCAACAGACUAGAGACCUGUCCGAUUCCCAAUUACAUCGGUUUAAAGAGAUUAUCGUCCUUUAUCGGGAUUUUAAACAGAAGGAGAAGUUCGGAAAGCUGAUGAAGUUGAAGGAGAGCCAAGCCAAUUUGCCUGUGGCGAAGCACAGAGAGGAAAUUAUUGGGGCUGUUAAGGAGGAAAGGGUGGUGAUCAUUGCUGGUGACACUGGCUGUGGAAAAUCUACGCAGGUACCUCAGUAUCUGUACUCGGCGGGAUUCAGUAAAAUAGCAUGUACUCAACCUCGAAGGAUCGCCUGUAUCUCACUCUCGAAGCGCGUGGCAUUUGAGACCCUCACCGAGAACUUCCCUGUCGUGGGUUAUCAAAUUCGUUUCGAGAAGCAACGCAAUCAAAACACAAAAAUUACCUUCAUAACCGAAGGUCUUCUCUUGCGUCAAGUCUCUUCUGAAACCGGUCUCUCUCAGUACGAUGUGGUAGUCCUCGACGAGAUACACGAGCGUCACCUGUACGGAGACUUCCUCCUGGGCAUAAUGAAAUGCCUAAUCUACCAAAGACCUGACCUGAAACUAGUACUCAUGUCUGCCACCAUUAAUAUUCAGCUUUUCGGCUCCUACUUUGCGAAAGAAGAUGUCCGAAUAAUUCAGGUACCAGGUCGUCUGUACCCAAUUCAACUACUCUACCGUCCGAUAACGAUUGAUGACUUUACAUACAAAAACGACCGGUUCAAUCCUUCACCCUACGUUCAGAUCCUUCAGUUGAUUGAUAAAAAAUAUCCCCCAGAGGAGAAAGGAGAUUUACUGAUUUUUUUGAGUGGAAUGAGCGAAAUAACUGCGGUAGUAGAUACUGCCAAAGAGUAUGCUCAAAAGAAGAACAAUUGGAUUAUUCUCUCCUUGCACUCUACUCUCUCGAUUGCAGAACAAGAUAAGGUUUUUGAUUAUCCCCCGGAGGGGGUGAGGAAGUGCAUAGUAUCAACUAACAUCGCAGAGACCUCAAUCACGAUUGAUGGAAUACGAUUCGUUGCAGACUCAGGGAAGGUUAAAGAAAUGAGUUACGAUCCAAUCUGCAAGAUUGAACGCCUCAAGGAAUUUUGGAUCUCUAAAGCAAGCGCCGAACAAAGGAAAGGCCGAGCAGGUCGAACAGGUCCAGGCGUCUGCUACCGGGUCUACUCCGAAGAAGAGUACGACUCCCUUGAAAAAUACUCCACUCCCGAAAUUCAGCGAGUCCCUUUAGAUUCACUUCUCCUUCAGAUGAUGGCUAUGGGCCUCCCCGAUCCUCGGAAAUUUCCUUUCAUCGAGCCCCCUCCCUCACAGAGCCUCAAGAACUCCAUUCUCUCCCUUAAGGACCAUGCAGCAAUCACAGAGAACGAAAAACUCACCUGCAUUGGCAAAACUUUAGCAAGACUUCCUGUGGACAUCACGAUAGGCAAAAUGUUGAUCAUGGGUUCGAUUUUUCAUCAAGUAGAGCCGGUGCUUUCCCUAGCUGCUGCUCUUAGUAUCCAAAACCCCUUCACAAAUCGAGCGUUCAAAGACUCAGAAUGUGAAACAUCUCGAAAAAAGUUAGAAUCUGAUCAUGGAGACCCUAUCACCUUACUCAACGCUUAUAAAGAAUGGCUAGAAGUGAAGCAAGAAAACAGUCAUGAAGGCCGAAAUACUAACAGUACCAGCAGAAAGUGGUGCAAACGCCGAGGUCUCGAGGAACAACGCUUUUACGAAAUGACCAAGUUACGAAGUCAGUUCAAAGAUCUUCUCAAAGACUGCAAUUUGAUGAAGAAUCAGAAUCAAGAACCAAAUUCAUCGAUGUCAAGCAGUGAAAGAGCUUUAAGACAUGGAGAACUCAAACUGCUAAAGUCCUUGAAAAGAACCUACAGACAAUCAUCGAGUAACAGAAAAAGAAAACAAUUGAAAGUCGAUGAAUUCGACCUUCAGCUAGACAACGAUAAUGAUAACGACGAGAUCGAUAUUAAAGAUGUGGAGUUCAGAAUGAGGAAUGACGCUUGCCAGAUCCAGAAUCUCCUCAACGCCAGUACAGCAUGUUCUUACAAAGAUUUAACAAUGUUAAAACUGAUUCUGUGCAGUGGACUUUAUCCACAAUUCGCUAUUGCUGAUGAGUUUAAUUACUGUAAAUCCAUGAACGAGCAAUUGUUUCAUACUAAAUCAAAGCCUUACGUCGCCCUCCACCCCAUGAGCUACUUCGGUAAUCAUCCACAGAUUCUGCAGCUUGAGGAACCUGACAUUGUCAAUAUUCCUGGGUUCAAAUCGAAGACUCCAGUGAGUCCUAAGCAUCAAUUAUUAGCUUAUUUAUCGCUUCUUGAGACGACUAAGCCGUACUUAGUUAAUACAUUGAGAAUGCCAGCUGCUCAAACUCUUCUAUUAUUUUCUCAAGAGAUUGACACUAAUUCGGUAAUAUCUGUUGUCAUUUGUGAUAGUUGGUUGGGGCUAGAAUUUCCCAUAAUUGAUAGCGGAAUGAAUCUGUUGAUCAGGGCGAUUAGAAUUAGAGCGAAGUGGGAUUUGUUGCUGAAGAGGCAGCUGAAGGAUGCUAAGAUGGAUGAGGAAGAUGGAGAAGUACAGAUGCUACAGGAGAUGGAGUAUGAGUUGAGCAGAGAUUUGAUUGAGUUCAUGCAUACCAGUAUUCCUUACACCAUUAAGAGACUUCUCCCUGCAGAUUUGAACAGAAUUUAUAUAGGCCCUGGGCACAACGAUAUAAUAGAUAGUUUUUCGGAUAAUAAUCCUUUUGAGGACAAUUUCACAUGUCUUGUGAAUGGGGUAAAAGGGGGAGUUAAGGUUAAUGAGUAUGUUACGUAUAAUUGCUUAUUGGAGAACGAUUGGGGUGAUAAGAUUGCUGGGGAGAUGAUGGAGAGUCCUUGGGAAUGUGGUAAUUGUGAUUUCAGGGGAAUUGUGAGGACUGUGGAGAAACUACAGCAUCGAGCGGUGUGUGAUACGAGUCAGAGUAAAAAGGUAGUUCAGGGGGGAAAGGAGGGUGAGAAUAAUUCUAAGGGGAAGAGAAAGGCGAAUUCUAAGGAGUAUGAGUGUGAAGAAUGUAAGGAGAUAUUGUGGCUGACUCCGAUUGAAAUAUUGAGGCAUAAGAAAAGGCAUAGUAAAGCAGAAUUUUAAUUGAUUCAAUCAAAUCCUCCACGUAUGAAAAAUUGAAUAGAAAAAGUUAGCGAAUUGACUAGAAAAUUCUAGUGGAAUUCUCUAGACAUUCCAUUGGGAUUCUAUUACAAUUCUAAGGACUUCUCGUUAACAUUCUAUUUUUUCUUUGCGCUGAUUCUAUGAGAUAUUUGAUAGGAAAAAA